GACACAGCGGAUCACCGAUCAAAUGAAAGAGCCCAAGACGUCAGCUCGGUCAUGUGAUCAGCUGUGUCCAAUCACAGCUGAACGCAUAGGAAACAUGUACACUGAUCAUCAGGGCACUGAUGAUCACUGUGCCCUGAUGAUCAGUGUAGCCCCAGCAGUGCCACCUGUCAGUGUCCAUAAAUGCCAGCUGUCAGUGCUCAUCAAUGCCACCUGCCAGUGUCCAUCAGUGCCACAUCAAUGCCACAUAUCAGUCCCUACCAGUGCACAUCAAUGCCACAUAUCAGGCCCAUCUGAGCUGCCUUUCAGUGUCAUCCAGCAGUGCCAGUCAGUGUCACCUAUCAAUGCCAGUCAGUGCCACCUAUCAGUGACAGUCAGUGCCAAUCAGUACCACCCAUCAGUGUGCAUCAGUGCCCGUUAGUGCUGCCUAUCAGUGCCACCUAACAGUGCCAGUCAGUGCCACCUAACAGUG